AUGGGACAAGGAUCGGUGGGUGCUGAAAUGACUGAGGAACAGAGGGAAGAAAGGAAUAGAAAGCAACAUGAAUACCAAGCAAAGGGGAAGGCUGAAACAGAAAAACUUCAGGGAGCAAAUGCUGGAUCAUCUGUACUGGCCAAACCUACUCUUGAUUCAACAAUUUUGCAAGCAUCAUUCACAAGAGACAAGGAAAAUGUUGAUAGGGCUGACCUAGACCCCACAUUAUAUAGGCUACAGGAUGGGCCUUAG